AUGCACGCCGAAGAAGACUACCUGAGCUUUUCGGCUUGCACGGAGCUUCCGAAACGUGGCUACACAGCUUUCUGCGCCAACAAUGAUGCUAGUAAGAGUGGCUACAUGACGGAUCUAGACUUCGAGGAGAUGAUGCUCAACGUGGGCGAGGGCAUGAGCUACCUGCGCAACCAGACCGAGUUCGACAAAGUCGUCAUCCUCGGCCACAGCGGCGGAGGAGCCAUGAUGGCCGCGUAUCAGAACAUCGCCGAGAACGGUGUCCAGGCUUGCCAGGGCGCAGAGAAAAUCUACCCCUGCUCGAACCAACUGGCUGGGUUGAAGCCCGCUGACGGCCUCAUGCUGCUUGACUGCAACUACGGCCUUUCGACCAUGUCCCUCCUCAGUUUGAACCCAGCCAUCGAAGACGAAUCAACGGGUUCGAAGAUCAACCAGUCGCUGAACCUCUACUCCCCCGCCAAUGGAUACACCUCCAAUGGCGCAAACUACUCCGCUGCAUUCCAGAAAACCUUCCAGACCGGGGUAGUCGCGCGCAAUAACCGUAUCCUCGAUCACGCGCUCUCCCGCCUCGACGCCAUCGAGGCCGGAAACGGCACCUUCAGCGACGAUGAGCCCCUCUUCAUCCCGGACGCUUCCUACAUCGGCUUCAACAACAAGUUCUUCUCCCAGGACACUCGGUUCUUAGCACACACCACACACGCCUGGCCGCUCCUGCACAAGAACGGCUCCACAACGACCCAAAUCAUCCCCUCCUUCCUAGAUGGCGCUAUUAAAACAACCGUGAAGCGAUACUUGUCUACGCUGGCCAUCCGAGUUACAUCAGACUUUGCGUACCGAGUGGAUGGCUUCGACGGGAUCGAUUACGCAUCCAGCCAGACGGCGCCGUUGGCUUCAAUCAGGGGCGUUAGGGUUCCGUUGCUGACGAUGGGUAUGACGGGGCACUGGGAGUAUCUGAAUGCGGAGAAGCUUCAUUUGAAUGCGCCGGGGAAUGAUACCUCGAUUGCGUUUGUUGAAGGUGCACAGCAUACGAUUGAUACUUGUACUGAAUGCGAGUCUUAUCCCGGGGAGUUUGGGGAUACGAUGGUGACGGCGUAUGAUUUUGUCGGUGGGUGGUUGGAGAAAAAGGGGAGGUUUCUGUAG